GAGCGUCGAUUUACUUUCCGCUUGAUUGACUCCUGAUUUACUGUUGGUCAAUAAUUUAAUGAAAGGUUCAAUGGCUUGAUAACGGAUUAAAUAACACGGCUCGCCACCCACGCGAGCCGUAACGGAUGAAUUAUUAUUAAAUAGCUAUUUUUGCGUCGUUCGAGACGCUUAAUACUGGCGGUAUUAAUAUGUUUCGGAGUCAUUUAACUCUUCGGUAAACACACGCGGCGUUUUUCAAACGCGACAGAUGAAAGUCAAUUUCGGACCGAGUGACGAGUUGAUAUAUCAAGUUGCGGCAGAUAAGAUACGCGGUUAAUUCCCAGACGGACGGGAUAUAGAUGAAUGUCGUCCCUGGCCGUGAAUGCAAAAUCAAUUACGAUGAUGAGACUAAAAUGUACGUGGUGGAUCAAUCGCCUGCAUGGAAUGUCUUUAAUGACCGCGCGGCGGCGGUCAAUGCCAAGGGCUGUCUGACUUUUAGAAACUUGAGAAACCCCGCUGCCUUUUAUUCCCACCUGUUAGAAGAAGUUAGUCGAUUCAGGACAUGUAUUAUUGAGAAACGCAUGCACAUGUGCUUCGUGAGCGUUCGAAAAGCGAAGGUUAAAGGUGCCUCACGUGCCUCGUUACCCUUACGACAUUCUUACAUGACAACUAUGGACAGAGUGUAUACCUCCAGCGAAGGAAUACAUCAAUUCUAAAGAUACCCGUCACGACAAAUGAUAAUCAAUUUAGAUACCAUCGAAGUUAUAACGCCGGCUUAUAUGAUAUAACGAUAUGAUAUCACGGCUCGUCGAUAUUCUGACGUUCAGUAUCUAUCUGCCGUCGUGGUCUACGUGUCUGUAUAUAACUCCGUUUUUAAUCGAUAGACAGUUUCAUCCCCGGCGGCGAUAUUAAUUCAUCAUCCGUCAUUCCUUUAGCAGUACCGUCGACAAGAGGGAUGACACGACACAUUCGAGCUGUGUAUAUUGUUUCCCGCGUUGAAAAAUUGACCACCUAAGAACCCCGUUAAUCUGAAAAAACAUGACUGCCAUAGGCGACGUGCAAGCCUUGCAGACUCUGACAGUUUACACCAGCGAUGUAAACAGCGUCGACUUCGCCGGUGAUUGCAUUCUGGUAACGGGAUCCGGGGACAAACACGUCCGGGUUUGGGAAUGGCAGCCCGGCACUGGCUACGUGGAGGCUUACUUUUCACCCCUGAUGGGACACAAGUACGGCGUGACCUCGGUUAAGGUCAGCCCCCAGUCCACUAUGCUGGCCACCUCCAGCAUAGACGGUACCACGCUGCUCUGGAACUUGCGUACGGGGACGAAGAUACACACUAUGGUGCAAAUGGGCGGCGAAGCGGUGAGAGUCUGCAGAUUUUCGCCGGACUCGACGUUACUCGCGACCGCCGGAGAUAAUGGGCAAGUCUGUAUCUGGGAUCUGGUUCAUCGCAAUUUAAUCAGAUGUUUUCAAAAGCACGAGGGUGCUGUGCAAAGCCUAUCCUUCUCGCCGGACUCGAGCUGGCUGAUCACCUCGUGCACGUUGGGUGUCCUAAAGCUGUUUUCCACUGCCGAACUGAUCGACACUUGUACCUCUAGCAAUCAAGAUAUCGCCGAACUCGUCUCGAUCGACGAUGCUCACGACAUGGGAGUGGUUUGCUGCGACUUCUCGACUUUCCAAGAAGUCACAUGUAACGAGCCGUAUACCAAGCUUUAUCAAUUGGUCUCGUGCGGCAACGAUCACGACGUGAAAUUGUGGGAAGUCACGGUGAGCCAGAAUAAGUGCGAGGCCCAACCCUCUACUGCCACUGUACAGCUUUGCAGAGUGAUGGAAAAGCACAGCAGUGCCUUAACUUGCGUCCGUUUCAGCAGCAACGGAUUAUAUAUUGCCAGCUGUGGCCUCGAUAAAACGGCAGUAAUUUGGGAGACGAGCACAGGAAAGAUUGUGACGAUAAUUUCCGGUCACAAUAGAUACGUAGCUUGCUGCGCUUUUUCACGUGACGGAAGCUUAUUAGCGACAGGCUCUAAUGAUAAAUCGGUGAUUGCGUGGGACUUGACGGGGAACUUGACUAUCGAUUCGGAACUCUCGAGAAACGUUGGAACGAAGUGGUUCGAUCCUGAAAAGAGUACCAUGCACGAGCACGAUCUAAUGAGAAAUGUCGAGACGUACGCUAACGAAGUAAGAUUGAUUCAGAGAUUGGAGGAGCACAGCGGCGCGGUGAACAGCGUUGCCUUCCACGGAAAUAAUCUUUUAGCCUCGGCGUCAGGUGAUAAACUCGUGCGCAUUUGGAGUAUCGAAACGGAGGAGGAGGAUGGGGAGGAAGUGAUUAAAGUACAGGAAAAACCGUUCAGCCCACUCGACGCUCACACCUACAGCGUCAAUUAUGUGGAGUUUAGCCCGUGCGGUUCGAUGCUUGCCUCCUGUUCUCUCGACGGGACGACCUUAGUUUGGAACACAGAGACCGGAGAGCAAGCGAAAUCCUCUUUCGUCAAUUCCGGGACAGGCAUCCGCGUGUGUCGGUGGUCGCCUGACGGCACGAAGAUCGCCACCGCUGGUGACGACGAGAAGACGACACUGUGGGACGUGGAAACUAUGGAUCAGUUGCAGCAACUUUACAGUGUCUUCGAGGGUCACGCCGACGCGAUCUCGACCGUUGCAUUUACGCACGACUCCCGAUACUUGGUGACCGCGGGCAACGAGGGCACCUGGCGUCUCUUCGAUACUCUGGACGAGAAGAGCGAAGAGGCAUUGAUAGUUUGCGACGCGAGUCACGAUCUAGGUGUCCAGGGAUGCGACUUCAGUCCUACUCCAUGCUCUUUAAUGUGCAGUUCGUCAAGGGACACAGAUGUGAACCAGCAGAUAUAUUUACUGGCUACGUGCGGCAACGAUUCGUUGGUUAAACUAUGGCAUAUAAUUAUUUCAAAUGAUCCAUCACCCGAUGACGACGGCUCGAAUAACAUCGGAUCGCGUUACAAGGAGAAGAAGUCUUUGACCGGGCACGGUGGAAACGUAAUGUGCGUCCGUUUCUCGCCCGUCCACGGAGAAGUUCUGGGUAGCGUCGCGACAGAUAGGACAGCUCGGAUAUGGAGCGUGUUUUCCGGAAGCUGUUUGUACGUCCUGGAGGAUCACGAAAGUCUUGUUACGUCGUGCGCAUUUUCCGAGGACACGUCAUUCUUCGCUACAGGCGCAUUGGACAAAACUGUCUUGGUUUGGAAGGUGCCUCAGCAAUUGGUGUCGCAAAGUAAUUUGAUGGAUAGCUUGCGAAACAAGAAGAAGAGGGUCGCGGAUUGGAAACUAUACGAUACUUUGAAAUGGUUGAAUGACAUUGGGUUAUCCAGACUGUCCAGGAAGGUGCUCGCUCUGGGAUUGACAGGACGACAUUUGCUAUCCGUGUCAGAAAAUGAAUUGAUAUCCCGGUUGGAAAUCGAAGAUGACGAAGAGGCGGUGGAAAUAUUGAAGAAACAAUUAUACUGGCUGAAGCGUGAAGAUUGCAAUAUUAUGGAGAAUAUAGACGAGUCUGAGAUCCCCCAUGAAUUCUUGUGUCCUAUAACGCACGAGAUAAUGAAAGAACCCGUGCAGUGCUCAGAUGGAUUUACUUACGAGAGGGCGGCUAUAAACGAAUGGUUCCUAUGCGGAAAGUACACCAGUCCAAUGACGAACGAGCCGUUGCACGAUACUUCCUUUACCGCGAAUUUCGCUCUCAGAAACGCUAUACUCACUCUACUUCACGGAGAAGGACCACAGUAGUAUGGCAUUUUUGCGCACCUUAAAGAAGAAAAAGAAAAAAGCAGAACACGUGUUAAUAAUUUAUGAUAACACAUUAAGCAAUUUUAUUCUACGGUACGUUUAGACACAUUCAGGAGAUUCGGUGGUUUUAACGCAAUAAGAUUUGUUCUCUUUACUCUAAGAAUCAAAGGAAAUUCGAACAUCGAUCGGUAUCUGCGGACCAAUUAGACAAAUGUAAAAAUAUGAAAGACUUAGCGAUAUUAUAAUUAAAAAUGACCGCGAAAGGAUACCGCGUGAGGCCGUUACAGGAAAGAAUUUCCUGAUCUUUUAUUUCGAGGAGAUUUUGAAAUUGGAAUUAUUGGAGAUAUGCUUAGAGAGAACACGUUUUAACAGUAUUUAAGAGAAGUAUUGUCAUAAUUUUUACCGAGAAGCGGUUCACAUAUCAUAAGAACCGCCGAUCGAUGCAUUAUCGAUAUCGGGAAGCAAUGUCUAGGAAUGAAUAUUGUCUAGGAAUGGAUAUUAUCGAAAGAUUUCCGAUUCAUUCGAUAAUAUAGCGCGUGUACAAUACACGCAACGAUCCAGAUACCUGAUGCAAAGCAACAAGUACAAGUUUACAAAAAUUUAUGGACAAUCUUCGAGAUUUAUGGAUAUAGCGAAGACGCUGGUCUAAAUAUCAAGAUUAUUACAGAGUAGUUGAACGUACAUACGUAUACAUGUAGCUAGAAACAUAUCGAGGAUACACAGGAUUUUAUAUCGAUUCUAGACAUAUAUAAACGGGAUUUACAAGUCUCUCGAAUUGAGUCGAGCACGUGGCGUGCGUUUUUUGUCACUCUCUUUUGCAUCUCCAUUCCAAAUUUUUUAUAAUUCAGCUCGCGUACGCUCGGUCGAAGAUAUUUUCGAUCCUGCGGCGUUACGGGACGAAGGGUUUUAUGAUUUUGUACAAGGUGCGUUCUUGUUAUCAAUAUUAAUAUUAGAGCCAAUUUUUCGAGCAUAAGAUUGCAUUGACAGGGUUAACUUUGCACCAGAGAGAGAAUUUAGGAUUAUUUAGCGCCGAAGAAAAUGAUUUCCGUAUAGCUUUUCGACUAUUUCUUUGGAUGCUAAAUGGCCCUAAGACAAUUUUCCGCUGCGGUGCAAAGUUGCAAAUUUUCAUCUUACAAUUGUUGAGAUCUUUAAGUACUGAAAACAAUUGAAAACCAAGUUUUCAAUUUAGUAAGUAAAGUAAUGAAAAUUUUUGCGCGUUAUAAACACGUUUUAGAAUAAAUAUGCUACUUAGUAGUAUAGAAAUAUUUGUGCCUAACAUAACGAGACGAGAUUUAUCGUAUUUCUCGACAAGAUAUUAAGGAAACCUCUCGCGAUUUUCUAAUCUACAGCAUUAUCACGUUUUAUCAAAUAGUUAUUUUCUGAUAUAUAUAACUUUGUAAUAUACAGUAUUAACAGAAAUAUGUUAUAACAUAUGUGACUUGCGUGCGAUAAUACUGUGUUACUUUCUAUUCGCAAAUAUUAAGCUGCAAUAUGUUAAUUGUUAAUAUUUUUUAUUUACUCGUUGCACUGACGUCUAACAAAGACAUUUUCUUUUUUAACAUGUCAAUUGUUAUCGAUAGCAAGCACAAAGUGCUUGUUCGUUUCUAUUGAUUGUCGUAAAUGCUGUGGACUUUGUUAUACACUUUUUAGAUCGACGAUAUAGAUAUAAAUAGCUAUAAUCAUUUUAUAAUAACACCGUAUUAUCUCUUACAGUAGUCUUAAGUGUUAUUAAACAGCAAUUACGAAAACUGUAUAUAAAAUUGUAACGACAAGAUGUAUCGCGUGUAUCGCUUGGAGGAACGUGAACCGUCGAUUUAUUUCUCUUUCUGAGAAAUCAGUCAGUUGAUUAAAAAAUAGAACUCGAUCGUUUCUAAUUAGCGUUUACGCACACAGGUUUUUACAUGAUUUCUACAAACUUUUCAAUCACCCAUUACGAACACGAUUUUGUAAUUGUAUGUUUUCAAAUUGACACUCGAAUUCAAAGUCUGUAUUUCUGUGAUAUAACUGAGAAAUCGUUUGAAACUUGUGUAUCGGAAGGAUGCGGUUUUUAACGUAAUAACGCGAUCGGGAGUGACACGUUUAGAAUCGCGCUAUCGAAGGAAAGUCCGACGCAAUCGAGCUUGAGCGUUAAGCGAUUUUACAAUUGUAAGCGUGAUUUUUUCUGUAUAGCUAUAUACAAAUAAUAAAAUCGAUACUAAAAUAA